AUGCAUUGCUUCGGCAUCCUCACGACAGUGGCAUCAGUGGCAGUCUUCGCUGCGGGAUUGGCAUCAGCUUUCCAACCAGAUCUAGGGUACACAGAGUUGUACAGGCUUACACAGCAGUUCUACGAUACCUUCCAGUAUCCGAACAACGUGCAGGAAGCUGAAAAGAUCAACUCGACAGUGUUCUCCGAAGAUGUACGCAUGAUCCUCACUUCUCAGCAGUGCAUAUGUACUGUAUUUGUUGCUAAACCAUCCCAGUGUCAGGGUCGUGUCUCUGAUACUCGCAACUUCGUCGGCCGCGAGCUCAAUACAGAAUAUAUCUUCGGGCUGUUCACACCUAGCGACUCCGUCUCUAUUAUCGGUCGGCCAGUCGGACCAUACGAGAUCAUCCAGUUUGUCGCUAAUCAGAACAUCGCGUCGGCAACGACGCGCAUCAAUUUCACCUUCCCAUCAUUUGGCAACAUGUCCCUGCCCGUCACCAUCGACACGUGGAUGACGUAUAACGAAGCCAGGGAGAUCUCGCAAUAUGACGUUGUCUUCAGGUGGUUUGGUAACCUUAUGCAAGUACUGCUCCACACCAUCGAUGCUGACCCCGUCAAAGCCCAGGCAGCCGCCACGCAAAUCCUGGCGCAAUCUGUAUGCAAGACACACACAAAGUACUGCGAAGGAGACAACACGCAGUACGACUCUGAACAGGACUGCUACAAGUUCCUAACCGAAGGCACUCGCUUCGGCCAGAGCUUCGAGUUGGGGAUGGACACGCUUUUGUGUCGCAAUGUGCACGAAAUCAUGGUAAAAUUCCGCCCGGAUGUCCACUGUCCGCAUAUCGGGAAGAAGGGCGGUGGGCAGUGCGUGGAUGAUUAUACAUAUGCACAGAAGGUCAAUGAGGUGUACUAUACCAAUGCGGCGUGGAUUCCUACAACUGAGGACGCGCCGCGAUAUGGAAGUGCGAAGUGA